CCGUUUGGGAACCCGUUCCGCUUCCGGCUUCUGCUUCCGGGAUUGGGGGAGAUGGAGUCGGUGCUCAGCGAAGUGGUGGCGCUGGAAGACCUGCAGAGAUUUGAGAAGAAGUUCAAUGCAGAGCUGAAAGAAGGCAAUGUCUGCAAAGGGACCAAAUUUGAGUAUGCCUGGUGCCUGGUCCGCAGCAAAUACAACGACGACAUCAAGAAGGGCAUCGUCCUCCUGGAAGAUCUGUUGCCCAAAGGGAACAAAGAAGAGCAGCGCGAUUAUAUCUUCUAUCUCUCGGUGGCCAAUUACCGCUUGAAGGAAUAUGAGAAAGCUCUAAAGUAUAUCCGGGGGUUGCUGAAGACAGAGCCGAGCAACACGCAAGCCUUGGAGCUGGAAAAGCUCAUUAACAAAGCCAUGCAGAAAGAUGGCCUGGUUGGCAUGGCGAUUGUCGGCGGCAUGGCACUGGGCGCAGCGGGCCUGGCCGGCCUCAUCGGCCUGGCCAUCGCCAAAUCGAAAUCCUAACAGAGCUUCGUUCAGGUUGGCCCCCCUUCCUUCUCAGCCGGAGCAGCCUGGCCUGGCAGCCGACCAUCUCCACCCUUUGGAGAGGCUGAGGGGUGAUUAAAAACUCAACUGACAGCCACUAACCUGACUGAUUCAUGGGCUCCAGUCCUCCUCACUGUCUGCUGCUCUCACCGGGCAGCGAGACGACCGUUCAGCUCGGAUAGAUAUGCCAAAUAGGAACAUGGGUGUGUCCGUGGGGUGCCUUUAGGUCUUAGAACCCUAAUGUCCUGUUAUGUCCCCCAAAUUUAGGUCACUUGCCCCAGCCAAACCUGCACCGGUGUGGAAGGCACCUUAAAUUUCCCUCUGCUGCUCUCUUGCAUCAGUACAUGCUUUCCGCAGCUGAUGGGGACCAGGGAGGUCCUGUGGCCCAAGGCACUGGCCAUUGGAUAGUCUGGAAUGGAAUGCAUCUGGAGAAGGCUGCAGGGGGCUCAUCUCUUCCAAGAAACCAGGAGAUCUUUCUCAGCCCCUCUCAUGGGACUUAGCAUUACGGUUACCAUGACCGAGCGUUGGGAGAAGAGGGCCUUCGGAAAGCCGCGAGGUUUUCCGGAGCAGAGACCGUCCUUCGCUGGCUUGCGCCCAAACAUGCCUCUCGCCUCCCCAUCACAUGCAUGCCACAAGCACAAUAUUCCGCAUGCACUUGUUACGCUGCGUAUGGGUGGUUUGGUUCCUUGGUGGCGGCGUCCUCACAGCUAACCUUGCAGACUGGCGCCCCACUCUUGCUGCUUUCUCUGCCCUUGUUUUUGUGUUGCGGAGCUUGGAAGGAUGGGCCAAUGGCCCUGUGAGAAUGAGCUGCCCUUGCCUGUCCCUGAACAGACAUGGAGAAGCUCUUGGAUAUGAAGGAUACACCACAGAAGGGAAGGACAUUGGCACAGCCUGACACUUUUCUGCAUCUGUUUCUGGGUUGACAUCCACAGUACUAUUCCGGGUGUUGAAAAUUUUACUUCUUUCCUCUUCCUGGCAGCUUCGUGUCCAUCUAACUGGUGCUUUUCUAAGCUCUUUGGUUGGUGUGAGGCAGCAAUGUGAAUAAAAACAAACAUUUAAGUUACA